AUGGUGCACUCCACGAGCCCGAGCCCGGAACCGCAGGGGCACCAGGCGCAGAAGUGCGAGUUCCUAACAAGGGGAAUCCCCACCGCCACGGACGCCUGGGGCCUGUGGGCCCUGCUCGGGGCCACGACGCUCCUGCUCCUCUUCUCGCUGACUGCGCACUUGUACCAGUGGGCGCGGGCCUGGCGCAGCCGGCAUAGGAGGCAGGAACGGUGCGGGGAGCCUGCUGAGGAAGCCCCCCUGUAUGGGAACCUACAUUAUCUGCAGACAGGACGCCUGUGUCAAGAAUCAGGACCAGAGCAGCCAGAGCCAAGCUCUGGAGGGCCCGAGAGGCCUGCGCAGGAAGGAACGUGCUACACCAGCCUGCAGCUGCGGCCUCCUCCUCGGGGCCGUACCCCCAGCCCCAGCGCCCCCAUCAAGUACUCAGAGGUGGUGCUGGACUCGGAGCCAGCGCCCGCAGCCGGCUCGGGUCCAGAGCUCGAGCUCUACGCUUCCGUGAGUGCCCAGGCCCGCAGGGCCCGCGCAUCCUUCCGCAACGAGGAGGCCUACGCCAACAGCCAGCCCAGCCCCAGCUGAGUGGCCC